UUUUGGACAUUUUUUUUGUAGAUUCGAAAGAUAAAAGUACAAUCAUGCAACGCACUGCCUUCAAAGCUGCCUGCUACCGGGUCCUUUCCAAACUGAACUUGCAACAAAAGCCGCAGCAGCGCGACUACCAUCAGUGCCCCGUCCUGAUGCAGGAUGGGCAGGACGGUGGCACUACCGAGAAAGCGCCCCGAUCCUUAUUCAGCUCGCUGGACCUGCUGGGCAGGUUGUUCCACGGACGGCUCUAUCUGCUGGGCGGUCGUCCGGUACCGCCGCGCUUCCUGCGCCUGCUGACGGGCGACCGGACGCUCAGCUUCAGCAGCGACGAGGACGAGGAGUUCCGCCGCCAGCUGGGCAUGCAGCUGAAGGAGCUGCGCGAUGUCCUGCGCGGCAACCAGGAGACGGAGGACCUCGAUCUGCCGCAGGAGACCGAAAGUCAGGAGGAGGCGGGCCCCUACGCCUCGGCCGGUUCAGAGGCCUUGACCGAUGAACUGACUGAGAAGGAUCGGGAGGACAUACGCACCAUUCGUAUGGCCAAGCGCAGCGAGGGGGGCGACGCCGAGACCACCGACGAGAUGCAGAAGAUGGCCGAGCAGUCGGAGGUGACGAGCGAGGCGGAGGAUCAGGUCGAGGAGGAGGAUGUCACCCGAUCGGAGUCCGAGGAAGUGGCCGAUCCCCACCAUCAGAUGCGCGACGGAGAGGUCGAGGGCGUCUACUGGACCGGCGAGGGUGAGCGCAUCGUCACCGUCAAGGUGGAGAAGCCCCGUCGGGGUCCCUCCGGUUACAUAUCCGGCGAGGGCGAGGAGGUGCCCGCCAUCGAAGACAGCCCCAUGCCCGGUCCGCGCAGUCAGGUCCAGGACCAAAAUCUGACCUCCGACGCCGAUUCCGAUGAAUAAUCAUUAGCCAAAGGAUCAUCCAUCCGGCAGGACAUUGAAAACUAAAACCCGAUACCAUACCACAUACCAAUACUAUACUAUAUUGAAGGCAAGGCAACGAAAUAAAUAUACAAAAGGCUAAAGACAAACCAGAA